AUGAGGUUGACGUUGGGAAGUUUGGCUUUUAUGGCGGUACAUAAACAAACGGCUGCGUCUACAUCCACUAAGCCUUUCAAAACAGGACAGCACUCUUGCUUAGCGCUUUUCCCAAGUUUAGGUGGUGCAGAAGGAGUAGGUGGAGAUGGCGGGCAAACUUUUGGUGGCGAAGAAACAGGUGGUGGAGUUGGUUUUGGGGGCGUUCCCGGUGGUGAUGGUGAUGGUGGCUUUACGGGUGGAGUUGGUUUCGGUGGAGUUUCAACAGGUGGGGUUGGUUUUGGCGGUGUUGGUGAUGGCGGCAUAACAGGUGGAGUUUCAACGGGUGGGGUUGGUUUUGGUGGUGUUGGUGUUGGCGGCGGCGAUACGGGUGGAGUUGGUUUCGGUGGAGUUUCAACGGGUGGGGUUGGUUUUGGCGGUGUUGGUGAUGGCGGCAUAACAGGUGGAGUUUCAACGGGUGGGGUUGAUUUUGGUGGUGUUGGUGUUGGCGGCGAUACGGGAGGAGUUGGUUUUGGUGGAGAUUCAACAGGUGGAGUUGGUUUUGGCGGUGUAGCCACGGGAGGUGUUGGUGUUGGUGGUGAUACCGGUGGAGUUGGUUUUGGUGGAGAUUCAACAGGUGGAGUUGGUUUUGGCGGUGUAACCACGGGAGGUGUUGGUGUUGGUGGUGAUACCGGUGGAGUUGGUUUUGGUGGAGAUUCAACAGGUGGAGUUGGUUUUGGCGGUGUAACAACGGGAGGUGUUGGUGUUGGUGGCGAUACCGGUGGGGUUGGUUUUGGUGGAGUUUCAACAGGAGGGGUUGGUUUUGGUGGUGUUGGUGUUGGCGGUGUAACAACGGGAGGUGUUGGUGUUGGUGGCGAUACCGGUGGGGUUGGUUUUGGUGGAGUUUCAACAGGAGGGGUUGGUUUUGGUGGUGUUGGUGUUGGCGGCGAUACGGGUGGAGUUGGUUUUGGUGGAGUUUCAACAGGUGGGGUUGGUUUUGGCGGUGUUGGUGAUGGCGGCAUAACAGGUGGACUUUCAACAGGCGGGGUUGGUUUUGGUGGUGUGGGUGUUGGCGGCGAUACAGGUGGAGUUGGUUUUGGUGGAGAUUCAACAGGUGGAGUUGGUUUUGGCGGUGUAACCACGGGAGGUGUUGGUGUUGGUGGCGAUACCGGUGGGGUUGGUUUUGGUGGAGUUUCAAUAGGUGGUGUUGGUGAUGGCGGCAUUACUGGUGGGGUUGGUUUUGGGGGUGUUACCACAGGUGGGGUUGGUGUUGGCGGCGAUAUAGGUGGAGUUGGUUUUGGUGGAGUUUCAACAGGAGGGGUUGGUUUUGGUGGUGUAGGUGUUGGUGGUGAUACAGGUGGGGUUGGUUUUGGCGGUGUUGGUGAUGGCGGCAUGACAGGUGGGGUUGGUUUUGGGGGUGUUACCACGGGUGGGGUUGGUGUUGGUGGCGAUACAGGUGGAGUUGGUUUUGGUGGAGUUUCAACGGGUGGGGUUGGUUUAGGCGGUGUUACCACAGGUGGUGUAGGUGUCGGCGGUGAAACAGGUGGGGUUGGUUUCGGAGGAGUUUCAACGGGUGGAGUUGGUUUUGGCGGUGAUACCACAGGUGGUGUUGGCGUUGGUGGUGAUACGGGUGGGGUAGGCUUAGGUGGAGUUUCAACUGGUGGGGUUGGUUUAGGCGGUGUUACCACGGGUGGUGUAGGUGUCGGUGGUGAUACGGGUGGGGUUGGUUUUGGCGGUGAUACCGCAGGUGGUGUUGGGGUUGGUGGUGAUAUGGGUGGGGUAGGCUUAGGUGGUGUUUCAACGGGUGGGGUUGGCUUUGGUGGUGUUACUACGGGUGGUGUUGGUGUCGGCGGCGAUACAGGCGGCGUUGGCUUAGGUGGAGUUUCAACUGGUGGGGUUGGUUUAGGCGGUGUUACUACGGGUGGUGUAGGUGUCGGUGGUGAUACGGGUGGGGUUGGUUUUGGCGGUGAUACCGCAGGUGGUGUUUGGGUUGGUGGUGAUAUGGGUGGGGUAGGCUUAGGUGGUGUUUCAACGGGUGGGGUUGGCUUUGGUGGUGUUACUACGGGUGGUGUUGGUGUCGGCGGCGAUACAGGUGGCGUUGGUUUAGGUGGAGUUUCAACGGGUGGAGUAGGUUUUGGCGGUGUUACCACGGGUGGUGUUGGUGUUGGUGGCGAUACAGGUGGAGUUGGUUUUGGCGGUGUUACCACAGGUGGUGUUAGUGUCGGUGGUGAUACGGGUGGAGUUGGUUUUGGAGGAGUUUCAACGGGUGGGGUUGGUUUUGGCGGUGUUACCACAGGUGGUGUUGGCGUCGGUGGUGAUACUGGUGGGGUUGGUUUUGGCGGUGAUACCACGGGUGGUGUUGGCGUUGGUGGUGAUAUGGGUGGGGUAGGUUUAGGUGGAGUUUCAACGGGUGGGGUUGGCUUAGGUGGUGUUACUAUGGGUGGUGUUGGUGUCGGCGGCGAUACAGGUGGCAUUGGUUUAGGUGGAGUUUCAACGGGUGGGGCUGGUUUUGGUGGUGUUGGUGUUGGCGGCGAUACAGGUGGAGUUUCAACGGGUGGGGUUGGUUUAGGCGGUGUUACUACGGGUGGUGUAGGUGUCGGUGGUGAUACAGGAGGAGUUGGUUUUGGUGGAGUUUCAACGGGUGGGGUUGGUUUUGGCGGUGUUACCACAGGUGGUGUUGGUGUUGGUGGCGAUACGGGUGGGGUUGGUUUAGGUGGAGUUUCAACGGGUGGGGUUGGUUUUGGCGGUGUUGGUGAUGGCGGCAUUACUGGAGGGGUUGGUUUUGGUGGAGUUUCAACGGGCGGGGUUGGUUUUGGGGGUGUUACCACAGGUGGUGUUGGUGUUGGCGGUGAUAUAGGUGGAGUUGGUUUUGGUGGAGUUUCAACGGGUGGUGUUGGUUUUGGCGGUGUUACCACUGGUGGUGUAGGUGUCGGUGGUGAUAUAGGUGGGGUUGGUUUUGGUGGAGUUUCAACAGGGGGUGUUGGUGAUGGCGGCAUGACAGGUGGGGUUGGUUUUGGUGGAGUUUCAACGGGCGGGGAAGGUUUUGGCGGAGUUACCACAGGUGGUGUUGGCGUUGGCGGCGUUACAGGUGGCGUUGGUUUUGGUGGAGUUUCAACGGGUGGGGUUGGUUUUGGUGGUGUUGGUGUUGGUGGCGAUACGGGUGGAGUUGGUUUUGGUGGAGUUUCAACGGGUGGAGAUGGUUUUGGCGGUGUUACUACGGGUGGUGUUGGUGUUGGUGGUGAUACAGGUGGGGUUGGUUUAGGUGGAGUUUCAACGGGUGGUGUUGGUUUUGGUGGAGUUUCAACGGGGGGAGAUGGUUUUGGCGGUGUUACCACAGGUGGUGUUGGUGUUGGUGGUGAUAUCGGUGGGGUUGGUUUUGGUGGUGUUUCAACGGGUGGAGUUGGUUUUGGCGGUGUUGGUGAAGGUGGCGUUAUAGGUGGAGUUGGUUUUGGUGGAGUUUCAACAGGUGGGGUUGGUUUUGUUGGUGUUGGCGGCGAUAUGGGUGGAGUUGGUUUUGGUGGAGUUUCAACGGGUGGGGUUGGUUUUGGCGGUGUUGGUGUUGGUGGCGAUACGGGUGGAGUUGGUUUAGGUGGAGUUUCAACAGGUGGAGUUGGUUUAGGCGGUGUAACCAUAGGUGGUGUUGGUGGCGAUACAGGUGGGGUUGGUAUCGGUGGAGUUGGUUUUGGUGGUGUUACCACGGGUGGUGUAGGUGUCGGUGGUGAUACAGGUGGUGUUGGUUUUGGUGGAGAUUCAACUGGUGGAGUUGGUUUUGGUGGUGUUGGUGAUGGCGGCAUGACAGGUGGGGUUGGUUUUGGCGGUGUUACCACAGGUGGUGUUGGUGUUGGCGGCGACGAGAUGGGUGGCGUUGGUGGCGAUACAGGUGGGGUUGGUUUCGGUGGAGUUUCAACGGGUGGAGAUGGUUUUGGCGGUGUUACCACGGGUGGUGUUGGUGUUGGUGGCGAUACGGGUGGGGUUGGUUUAGGUGGAGUUUCAAUGGGUGGGGUUGGUUUUGGCGGUGUUACUACGGGUGGUGUUGGUGUUGGCGGCGAGACAGGUGGUGUUGGUUUUGGUGGAGUUUCAACGGGUGGGGUUGGUUUUGGUGGUGUUGGUGUUGGUGGCGAUAUCGGUGGUGUUGGUUUUGGUGGUGUUUCAACGGGUGGAGUUGGUUUUGGUGGUGUUGGUGAAGGUGGCAUUACAGGUGGAGUUUCAACGGGUGGGGUUGGUUGCGGUGGUGUUGGUGUUGGUGGCGAUAUGGGUGGAGUUGGUUUUGGUGGAGUUUCAAUAGGUGGGGUUGGUUUUGGCGGUGUUGGUGAUGGCGGCAUUAUAGGUGGAGUUUCUAUGGGUGGGGUUGGCUUUGGUGGUGCUACCACGGGUGGUGUAGGUGUAGGGGGCGAUAUGGGCGGAGUUGGUUUCGGUGGAGUUUCAACGGGUGGUGUUGGUGUUGGGGGAGAUACGGGUGGGGUUGGUUUCGGUGGAGUUUCAACAGGUGGUUUAGGUGUUGGGGGCGAUACAGGUGGUGUUGGUUUCGGUGGAGUUUCAACGGGAGGUGUUGGUUUAGGUGGAGUUUCAAUGGGUGGAGUUGGUUUUGGCGGUGUUACCAUUGGUGGUGUUGGUGAUGGUGGCGUUACUAUCGGUGGGGUUGGGUUCGGUGGAGUUUCAACUGGUGGAGUUGGUUUUGGUGGUGUUGGUGUUGGCGGCAUCACGGGUGGUGUAGGUUUUGGUGGAGUUUCAAUAGGUGGGGUUGGUUUUGGAGGAGUUUCAAUCGGUGGAGAUGGUUUUGGUGGUGUUACAAUGGGUGGUGUUGGUGAUGGUGGCAUUGUCGGAGGAGUUGGUUUCGGUGGAGUUACAAUGGGGGGACUUGGAACCGGUGGUGUUGGUUUUGGUGGACUUGGUUUAGGUGGUGUUGGUGAUGGUGGCUUUAUGACCGGGGGACUUGGUGUUGGCGGAGGCUUGAUCUUAGGUGGGCUUGGAGGUUUUGGGGAGGGGUGGGGUUUAGGGUGGGGGUGGGGUUUAGGGUGGGGGUGUGGUUUAGGCGGUUUGACUGGAUGUUUUGGUGGUUUAACUGGAUGUGUUGGUUUUGGAGGGCUUGGGCUACAGUGA